GUCCGCCUGCCUGGCCUCUCCCGCGCCCACAACAUCUCCCUGGACAUCUACCACAGCCAGCGGCACAGGUGCCGAGGUGAUGGGACCUGUGCCCACCAGCUCUUCCUGGGCACCGUGGCUGGCAGCCCCUCUGCCACCCAGGCCUCCUGGAAAGUCUUUGAGAUCACCAACCUGCUCCGGUCCUGGCUCCACCAAGCCAUGGUCCCAGGCCACAGGGAGCCAGCCCUGCCCCAGGACGUGGCAGACAGAGUUCUGCUGCUCGUCUUCUCCAAGGACAAGUCUCCAGGAGACCACAGCCUCAUCAGGACAGCAGAGAACUCCAAGUAUAUCAUGCGGGACAGCGGCUCCCAGGGCACAGGGACCCGCCGGCACCGUAGGAACAGGACAGAGAAGCAAAGGAUCAAAGCGAGUGACGCUGUUGCCGCUGUCCCAUGGGAGAAGGGCAGGGCCCUGUGCAGGCGGGUGGACAUGGUGGUGGACUUUGAGCAGACAGGCUGGGGCAGCUGGAUCGUCUACCCCAAGAAGUACAACGCCUACCGCUGCGAAGGGCUGUGCCCGUCGCCUGUGGACGAGACCUUCCAGCCCACCAACCACGCAUACAUACAGAGUUUGCUGCAGCUCUACAAGCCCAACAAGGUGCCGUGUCCUGCCUGCUCUCCAGUGAGCAUGAGUCCCCUCUCCAUGCUCUACUACGAGAAGGGUGAGAUUGUCGUCCGCCACCACGAGGACAUGAUCAUCGAGGAGUGUGGCUGCAACUGA